CGCGUGGUUGAGCAGUGCCCUUUCCAAAAUGGCGGCGCCCAUGCUGAGGGGCGUGAAGCAGCGAGGCUGGAGCCUGUGUGUCGCGGGGCGCCGUUUAGGGGGAGAAGCGCCCCGGAGAGGUACUUGCGGUUAUACCCAAUGGCGGCUCUGCGCUGCUUACGAAUGUUUCUUUCCUCGGGCACGAUGACACCGUGUUUAGGGUUGCUCGUCAUCCUUCCCCUGGGCUAUGAUAGCUGAGGUAGAAAUUCAGCAGGCAGAGGGCUCCGCACCGUCACAUCGAGCAAACCUGCACCUGUUGAACUUCUGCCUGCUACGAUGCUCUUAAACGCGCAGGACCUCUGCCGAGUCGACUCUUUUGCACCUUUACCAAUUAAGGGUCCUUGAGUCGCUCGCGUUAAGUAGCUGCUGCUGCUGCUAAUAAUAAUAAUAAUAAUAAUAAUAAUAGUUAAUAUAGCAGUACCAUUAUUUGCUAAUGAGUAGCAAAGCCCUUCAUAAAGAGGCGGGAUACUUCGAGGGCCUCAGAACAUCUGAUUUUUGGCCAGCAAAAUGAGUUUAACAUGGCGUGUGUGUGUUGUUGCAACUUUUAUAGAAUAUUGUACGCAACCUGCUUUAAAAUUAUUAUUAUUAUUAUUAUGUGGUGUAUAAGUGCUAUAAAUAAAUCAGCUUAGCUUAGACUCGAAGUUGAAUAUAAUAUGUACUGUAGCAGUCAUGGAGGUGCAGGGGGUAGCUGUCCUCCUAAAUCAAGUAAAUAAAUAAAAAUACUUUGUAAUUUUCAGUUAUAUACAUUUCAGUAGUUCUACAGUCAUUUAAACAUUUCAAGACUCAACUUCCUCCUCUUUCUGCGGUUCCUUUAGUUGUUUUUUUCACCUUUCCCUGCAUAUUCUAAAUUAACUUAUUAUUUUAUUCAUCUACUUUAAUUAUAUACUCUUACAAAACUGCCAGUUAUUACAAUAAUCCUGCCAAAGUCCUUAUCUAUUUACAAUUUAUAAUAAUAUAAUAAUAAUUUAUUAUUUAUACCCCGCCCAUCUGGCAGGGUUUCCCCAGCCACUCUGGGCAGCUUCCAACAAAGUAUUAAAAUACAGUAGUCUGUUAAACAUUAAAAGCUUCCCUAAAGAGGGCUGCCUUCAGAUGUCUUCUAUAAGUCUGGUAGUUAUUUGCAAAUAUUCAAUAAACCAUUUCCAUUCUUUUGUAAAAAGUUAGUUAUCUUGAUUUCUUAUUCCCGCCCCCGCGCCCCUGCCAUUUCUGUAUAGUCCAUAAGUUUUUGUGUCCAUUCUUCUUUCGUCAGGUCGUCUUCUUUCCAUUUUGGGACAAAUUACAUUCUUGCUGCUGUAGUUGCAUACAUGAAUAAAUUUCUGUACUGUUCUACCCCUAUAACUCCCAGAAGGAAAUACUUAUACCCAUCGCAUCACAGAUAGGUUGGUUCUGCCCCCAUCCCCAUAAAUCCUGGCUAAUCCCAUGGCUGCCAUUUAUAAUGCUUAGUGGUUCUCCUGCAAGACUCUUUGCCAAUACAGUGAUACCUCUGGUUACGUACUUCAUUCAUUCCGGAGGUCCAUUCAUAACCUGAAACUGUUCUUAACCUGAAGCACCACUUUAGCUAAUGGGGCCUCCCGCUGCCGCCGCGCCACUGGAGCAUGAUUUCUGUUCACAUCCUGAAGCAAAGUUCUUAGUCUGAGGUACUAUUUCUGGGUUAGCGGAAUCUGUAACCUGAAGCGUAUGUAACCUGAAGCGUAUGUAACCCGAGGUACCACUGUAGUUUUGCAGUUCUUCAUAGUAUGAUUUAAAGAGAGCUUCUGUAGCUCAGUAUUAAAACACAGGCUUUGCAGGCAGGAAGUUCCUUAUUCGAUUCCAGAUAUCCCUAAUGUAAGUCAGUAUGUGUUUGUGUACGUGUGUGUAUCUAUAUCUGUCUGUCUGUCUGUCUGUCUAUCUAUUUAUCUAUCUAUCUAUCUAUCUAUCUAUCUAUCUGAUCUACUGUAGUCUAUACAUUACCACAGAGGAACAAUUACGCUUACAGAAGUAGAGAGUCUGUAUAGUUGUGUAGCUUCUGGGGUAAGAUUGCCUUUUGAUUCAUAAUGCUACAUAGACGACUGCUGAAUGCUGACUCUUGGCUAUAAAGUGGUGGAGUGUUCAUCCAGUAAAAUAUUACUAUUUCAGUUGCUGUUGUGGUUUAUUAAAUCAGUUUGCCACCCUUCCUCCGUAGAUUUCAGGGCGGUUCACAACAUUAAGAUAGAAGAUAAAAAACACAAAAUACAUAAUAGAAACAAACCCGUAACCUCCCAUCCUCUGCCACAACACAUUUAAAAAGGUAUCGGAUGUUAAUCAGCCAGAGGUCUGGUUGAAGAGGCAUGUUUGUGCCAGGCAUCUAAAAGUAUAUAAUGAAGGUGCCAGCUGAAAUAAUAACAAGAAGAAGAAGAAGGAGAAGAAGAAGGAGAAGAAGAAGAAGAAGAAUGAAGUUACUACAUGGCACAGCUGGGUACCACCCAGCCUCCUGAAUGGUUGUGUUGGUAACCAUAGCAUUUGUGGGAAUUGCAUUUUGCAGAGGGGGAGAGAGUUGUUAUUUGAGUGACCUUGUUUAUAAUCCGCGCUCCCCUCCAUAUUUAUGGCUGGUGGCCCAGUUAUGCCCUUAAUUAGACAGGGAUAGCCUAAUUUAUGUUGUCUAUGCUCUGAUAAAAUAUAAAAAGGGGUGCCUUUCUCAUUCUAAUCUCAGGAAAAUACAUGAAUCUGAAGAAAAACCAUACUUUGCUUUUAGAACAUUUUUUUUAUUCUUACAGAAACUGUUGCAGCUUUUGAUUGGAACAACUGAAAUGUCUAAUUGAAUGAUAGCUCUAUUCCCUUAAACCUUUUCUCCAAGUUGAUGUCUUAUGCUUUGUCUAAUUACCGUAUUUUUCGCUCCAUGGGACGCACUUUUUCCCCUCCAAAAAUGAAGGGGAAAUGUGUGUGCGUCCUAUGGAGCGAAUGCAGGCUUUCGCUGAAGCCUGGAGAGCGACAGGCAUCGGUGCGCACCGACCCCUCUCGCUCUCCAGGCUUCAGGAAACUAUCCGCAAGCCUUGCAAGCCCGGUGGGAGUUCCCGCGGGCUCACAAGGCUUGCAGGCAGCAGCCUGCAGCCCCGGCGAGUGUCCGCAAGCCUCGCACUGCCGGCAGGAGGUCCCGCCGAGCGCGCGAGGCUUGGGGCGGCAGCUUGUCGCCCGAAGCACGGGGCACCCUCCGGAGGGCUCCCCGUGCUCGGGAGAGUGUCUGCAAGCCUUGCGCGCCCGGCAGGAGGUCCCGCCGAGCGCGCGAGGCUUGGGGCGGCAGCCUGUCGCCCGAGCACGGGAGCCCUCUGGAGGGCUCCCGUGCUUCGGGCGAGUGUCUGCAAGCCUUGCGCGCCCGGCAGGAGGUCCCGCCGAGCGCGCAAGGCUUGGGGCUGCAGCCUGUCGCCAAGCACGGGGAGCCCUCCGGAGGGCUCCCGUGCUUCGGGCGACAGGCUGCAAGCCUUGCGCGCCCGGCAGGAGGUCCCGCCGAGCGCGCAAGGCUUGGGGCUGCAGCCUGUCGCCCGAAGCACGGGAGCCCUCCAGAGGGCUCCCGUGCUUCGGGCGAGUGUCUGCAAGCCUUGCGCGCCCGGCAGGAGGUCCCGCCGAGCGCGCAAGGCUUGGGGCUGCAGCCUGUCGCCCAAAGCACGGGGAGCCCUCCGGAGGGCUCCCCGUGCUUAGGGCGAGUGUCUGCAAGCCUUGCGCGCCCGGCAGGAGGUCCCGCCGAGCGCGCGAGGCUUGGGGCGGUAGCCUGCAGCCCGAAGCACGCGAGGCUUGGGGCGGCAGCCGCGGCGGGGGGGGGAUAAUUUUUUUUAUUCAUUUCCCCCCCAAAAAAACGAGGUGCGUCCUAUGGGCCGGUGCGCCCUAUAGAACGAAAAAUACGGUAUUUAGCAAGUACACCCAUUUUCCCUAUGGUAAAAGAGUGUUGUUAUUUCUAGUAACAUCUAUCUGUGCAAAAGGAAACAUACUAGCUCCCUUAGUUCAACAAGGCAGGGUCAGGGAUUGGGAAUUUGUUGUCCUCCAGAUGUUUCUGGAUUACAACUCUGGCAGAGGAUGGUGUGAGUUGGAGUCCAGCAACAUCUCUUCACCUCUUGUAAGGCGGAAAUCCUUGGCGAUCACAGAGUACAGUGGUGCCCCGCAAGACGAAUGCCUCGCAAGACGGAAAACCCGCUAGACGAAAGGGUUUUCCGUUUUGGAGGUGCUUCGCAAAACGAAUUUCCUAUGGGCUUGCUUCGCAAGACGAAAAUGUCUUGCGAGUUCCUGCGGGGUUUUUUUCCUUUCCCCCCCUUUUUCCCAAGCUGCUAAGCCGCUUAUCAGCUGAUCCGCUAAGCCGCUUAACAGCUGAUCCCUUAAGCCACUAAGCCGCUUAUCAGCUGAUCCGUUAAGCCACUAAGCCGCUUAUCAGCUGAUCCGCUAAGCCCGCUAAGCCGCUAAACCGCUAAUGGGCUUGCUUCGCAAGACGAAAAAACCGCAAGACGAAGAGACUCGCGGAACGGAUUCUUUUCGUCUUGCGAGGCACCACUGUAAAAUGGUUCUGCUAGCCUUGCUUCCUUUCUGAGAGAAGCAGAAAAACGUAUGCACUCUCAUGCAAUUUUCUUUCUUACUGCAGAGAUCAAUUUCAAGCUGGAUGAGAGAACGGCCCACAGCAGCUUGGAUCUGUUCAAAAAGAACACUGGUGUCAUUUACCGUAUGCUGGGGAUUGACCCCACCAGCGUUCCCCGGAAUCCUGAACGCUUCAGAGACUGGGCUGUGGUACUGGGUGACACGGCUGUCUCCAGUGGGCGUCACUACUGGGAAGUGACUGUCAAAGAAUCGCAGCAAUUCCGCAUAGGGGUAGCAGACGUGGACAUCUCCCGGGACGGUUGUGUUGGAGUAGAUGACCGCUCCUGGGUCUUUUCCUAUGCGAACCGGCACUGGAAUGCCAUGUUCGCUAAUGAGACCACUCCAAUCAAGAACAUCGGCCACCCAGAGAGAGUGGGUCUGCUCUUGGACUACGACAGCAAGAAACUCAGCCUGGUGGAUGUCAGCAAACAUGUGUCCGUCCACAGCAUCUUUGCUGAGUUCCAAGGCCCCGUAGUGCCUGCCUUUGCCGUCUGGGAUGGUGAACUGAUCACGCAUUCAGGCCUCGAUGUACCUGAAAAUCUCGACAGGAACUGAAAACCUCUCCAGCUUAGUGAUGUUUGGAGAGAUGGACAAACUGCUUGGAAUAUGAGGCUUCAGAGUGGUACAUAAAAGAAGGAAUCCCUCUCCUGCAAUACCCUUGUCAUAGGAGCCAAAGUUUCAUAUCUAUAUGUACCAUUCAGCCCGUUGACUGUUUUCUCUUAGGAAGAGAUGAGACCUUUGGAUUCCAGGUUGAAACGUAUCUCAUUUGGAAUGUAGUAAGAUAUUAUUCAGAGCACAGAAGGCCACAUAUUCUGAUUUUCUGUCUCUGCUACUUUAUUCUCGUAAAAGGAGGUCGUUUGGCUGUCUACAAACACGGGAUACACUUGGCUUAAAUUAGGGUUUGUCCAUAUGGAAAAAUGUAUGUGGUUGCUCCACGGUCAAAUUUGUUUCUUUGCAGCUAUUGUGUGUGAUCAGCCACACCUUUUGGUGCUCUUAUUCCAUGUCCUUAAUAAUGUAUAGAGUCCCCUUGCUCAGCCUAAGUAUCUGCCUAGGCUUUCAGAUGUCUGGAGGCAGGGAAACUCCACUUGGAUCUCUGUGUACAAUGCAUAGCCACUAUUGCCCUCUGCUGGGCCAGUGGGAGGACAAACUAAGCCUGCAUCUAAGAUGCUGACAUACCCAUUGGAGCUCUAAUCCUCCUGUACUGAUAAUCAGUUAUACAGGAAUUACUUUCUUUUAAUACACAGCCCAAUAAUCCCACCUCAUUCCAUUAUACCCUGGCUUAGCAGGAGUUUCCUUGUACAGGGUUUUGUCUGUGUUUAAUGGAGCAGCAAUAUAUGUGUGACAAAUCAAGCCAGAAAUGUUCUGAUACAGCUAUCUGUGGUCACUCUUUUCCCAGUACUCUUAGAUCCAGCACACUGACACGUUCUCCAGAGGUGUGCUUUAUUUUAUAGACCACAACUUGAAGACAACAAGGAGCUAUUUUUUUGAACCAAGGAAGAGCAGCAUUCUGUUAACUGUAUGUGUGUUGGCAGUUGUGUAGUUAUCACAAUCAAUAAAAAUAAAUUUAUCUGAAACACUGUAUUUUCUGUUGGUGCUCUCCUAAGCUGCUUUGGACUGACCAGUGCUUUUUCCUGAAAAUAUCCCAUGGUUUAAGAAAAGCUUUAAAACAAACAAACAAAACACCCUUCAGUCUAGAAUUGCUGCUGAAAGGAGAUAGGCUCUGUGAAGAAAACACUACCAUUUGCUCUGAACUUCUCUCUUUAUUCCAGAGUGCAAUUCUGAAUGCACUUGUUCGACUCAUACAAAUUCAGUUGGGACUUAACACUUAAAUAUUGAACAAAUAUGCUUAGGGUUGUAACUCUGUCUACCCGUAUUACCACAUCACUCUGCACCUCUUGAUCUUAUCACUUUUAUCCUGGGACUUGUCUAGAAAGUUAGGGCAAUAUUUAGUUUGUCUAGAAAACUAAGGCCCAGAGAGAUUGUCUUAUCUCCAGCAUUGCAGGCACGGCUUGAGGUGGGUGUACACUUUGCCCCUUUCUGGUUUUCAAAGCUGGUGUUUUAAAGCAUUUUUGUUUUGCAAACCACCCUAACAAAUUGUAUAUCAAAUGGCAAUGUUAAAAAAGAUAAAACUCUGCAGUCACAGCCUGAAAGCUUCCCCCAUCCCAAUUACACAAAUACUAGGACUGCAUGCUGAGGUUCAUAAUUAUUUGAAAGAAGGGAGCAACAGAAAGUCAUAGUACUUAGUGGGGAUAACAGUGUAGGGCAAAGGGGCAGGCCUACUUUGGCCCUUAAAUGCCUUUUGCCUAUGUAAGCAGUGUCUGCUUUGAUCUACAGGCAGUGUGAAGUGUUAGCACUUAAGAGACAAGGUCCCACUUUGGUCUCUCUCGCCAAUAUCUGCUAGCUCAGUUUCUGUGGACUCAAGUUUACUGCUGUGUCACCAAGUAUCGAGCUUGUGCAUGGAACUAACUGGUGUAGGUGUUUCCUAUAACCCAAGAAUUGGGAGACUGACCGCAUGAAACUUCAGGAAGAGCCUUUAGGAUGGACCCAACCAACCAACCAACCACAUCUCAGCUCAAAUCCUAAGCAGAAGUAUGUCCGCUGGUGUGUCUGCCUCCUUUCAGAAAUGAGAGCAAGUGACCUAGUUAAAUCUGUGUUGAAAUGCAGCUAACAGAAUAGUUCACAAUUUUCACACCAUGCUUUCUAAGUUCUCCUUGGAAAGGUCCU